AUGACUCUAUUUGACAAUAAUACCAUGUUAGACAAAGAAGCUACCUCAAUACUCAGCAUUUCAACACCCAUCAAGAAAUCAUAUGAGUCAGUUAUCAAAAGAUAUGAAUUAUUGGCCACAGAAAAUAAAUGGCUCAAUAAGGACAAAACUGUGUGGCCCAUUGCAAAAGAAUCUCCUAUCAACCUGGCUAGGAGAACUUCUACCGAACAACUGGGCGAUGAAAUCAAGAUUCCGAUACUCAAUGCUCUGUCUUUUGAAUCAACAAAAAGCAUCACGUUUGCCAUAAUACAACUG